GCCGCCGCUGCCAAAAUGGCGGUGGCGGUCACGUGGGCCGGGGGGCCCGCUCCGCACGACGUGGGCGGCCGGAACCUUUCUCCGGGGCUGGCGCGGGCGGAGGUCGCUUUGCGGCGGUGCGCAGGGCCUGCGCUAUAUAAGCGGCCCCGCUUCCGGUGGGUGCGCACUCCUGCUCGGCAGCGCAGCGGAGUCGGAGCUGGUCCGGUGGAGUCGGCAGAAACCCCGCCAAAAGGAAAAUCCAACGACAUGGGUGACGAUCGAAAGCUGUUCGUCGGCGGCCUGAGCUUCGAGACGGACGAGCAGGCCCUGGAGGCCGUCUUCUCCAAGUACGGCGAGAUCGUCGACACCCGGGUGAUCAAGGACAAGGUCACCAUGACGUCCCGCGGCUUCGGCUUCAUCACCUUCGAGAACCCGGAGGACGCCACCGAGGCCAUGCAGGCGAUGAACGGCAAGUCGCUGGACGGCCGCCAGAUCCGGGUGGACCACGCCGAGAAGAAGUCGGGUGAUGGCGGUGGCUACGGCGGAGGUCGCGGUGGCGGCGGCGGCUACCGGCGGGGCGGUGGCGGCGGCGGCGGCUACGGCGGUGGCGGAUACGGUAGCGGCGGCUACGGCGGUGGCGGAUACGGUGGAUACGGCGGCGGCGGUGGAUACGGCGGCGGAGGCUACGGCGGGGGCAGCUACGGGAGCGGCGGCGGCGGAUACGGCGGCUACCGGCAGUACGAUUCCAAGUCGGGCGGCGGCGGCUACUCCCGGGGCCCCCGCGGCAAUAACUACGAUCGGUACGCGACCAACAGAUAGGAGGAGCCCGCCGCCGGCUGGGCGCUCACCAGGUCGCCGCGAUCCUCGACCACUCGCUGUUUCUGAAGGGACUUUUUUUUGGGGCGAACGCCGUCUAAUCUCUUGAAUUCAAUCUCGCUUGUUCGGGACGCUGUCUAACUCCCCCUCCGCCCACACUCCCAUCCUUUUGUUGCAGUCAACGUUUCUCACAGCAACCGGGGGGAAAUCCUGUUCCGAAAUUUCCACCUUAAUUAGUCCCUUAGCAGCCUUCCUUCUCCCAGGAUAAGUUCCCUAUAGCAUUUGUUCUUUUCCGUUUGUUUUAUUUUUUUUGACUGUUAGGAGUGUAGCUUUAUUGAUCACCGCAUUGUAGCCCACCAGCUCAGUGCUGCCUCUCCCAGUGCCCGGGCAUUGCAUUAGCUGCUGAUUUUUUUUUUGUUUGCUCCGUUCUGGUUUUAAAAUGGCGCACUCGCCUUGUGCAGAGACACUCAGUGCUCAAGUGUGUCGGCAACGUGCUCCAACUCCUCCUUUUCCCUGCCCGCAGUAAUCAUUAGGGCCGCCAGGGUAUCUGGUCGAGUAACUCUGCAUUGUAACAUAACAUUUUCGCCUUUAAUUCCGAGGCCAAUUUUGGAAGUGGGAGCAUUUUUCUAUUUUAUUCACCUCGAGGUUUUUUUAUUAUGGGGCCAGGUUUCUGAUUUAAAUGGGGAACAACGAUCCAAUUUGAUUAUUUUUUUUUAAGUAGGCUGGGGAAUCCGAUUGUAGUUUCAGCCGGUUGGGCCAAACGCCACAUUUCUGGAGAUUCCAUUCGUGAGCAACUGUUUGACUUUGUAUCUGCUGUUACAGACAUGACCAUGCUUUAACGAAUGCAGAGCAUUAAAGAACAUUGAUUCGGGGGGAAUGGUGCAAUCCAUCCACUGUCAAUUGUACACAUGCCUGGUUAUUUUGUGGGUCGUAUUGAUAUCUGACAAACUGUUUUCUAUGUAAAUCUUAAGACUGGUGCCAUCCCAGCCAGAACACCACUGUGUGUGUGUGCUGGUUCUGGGUAUGGCCUCUGCAUCAAGUGAGAAGUCUACAGUAAAACUUUGGUACCAUCCUACUCUAAACAGUACAACAUACUUUAAGCUAACAUUUUUUUUAAAUGGCAAACUGGUAGGAAGUUGAUAGCUGUUUCUUAUUGAAUUUUCAUGAGUUAGCAUGGAACGUUUUUGUACAAAAACUUGCCACUUUGGAGACGGAUGUCAAUGGAAAAAUAAAAGUUAAAAUGUUCA